UUUCGAGGCUAUAUUUAUGCAGAUACCAAUAUGGCGGGCAACGAAGUUCCGUUCACUGGUUCUUUGACAACACAAGGGAAUAUGCAGCAAACUCUUCCUCUUCAGAAUGUCCCAAAGGCAGAUGUGUCCGACAAACAAACACUUUUAGCAGUUUUACAGUUUUUAAAGAAAAAUAAUUUGAAGGGGACAGAAGAAUUGUUGAAAAGAGAAGCAUCUAUUAAAGAUGAUGAUGUCCGUCCACAAGCAACUUCUCAAUCGGAAACCGAUGUUUCACAUGCUUUGGCAGCUUACAAAAGUGCAGAUGACCCAAGUCUGUUCGCAGACUAUUAUACUGAUCUCAAAACUUUUAUAGAGUCUUGCUUGGAUGCCCACAAGGUUGAGCUUUCCAUGAUACUCUAUCCAGUAUUUAUACACAUGUACCUUGAGAUGGUCUACAAUGAACAUGAAUCUUAUGCUAUUUUGUUUUUCCGGAGAUUUUCUAACGAACAAGAAGAUUUUUACCAGGAUGAUUUAAGAAAGUUAUCAACUGUCACGAAAAAAGAACACAUGAAAGGAAAUGAGCUAAUGGAGAGUUUCAAAGCCAGUAAAUUUGUGAUCAAGAUGUCUCGAGAUUCUUACAACCAUCUGAAACGUUAUCUACAAGAGAACAAGAUGAAGCCAUUGUUAACCAUCAUACAAGAACACUUAUUUAUUGACGUAUUUGAUGGAGUACCAAGAACAAAGCAACAGAUUGAUGCCACAAGUGGAGCCCUACUAGGAGAGAGUGAAAGAGAUGCCAACAAAGUGAAGGUGUUUUAUGGUCUGUUGAAGGAACCUGACAUUAAUAUGCCAAUAGAUGAUGAAGAUGAGGCUACAGAAGGAGAUGACAAACCAAAGAAAAAGAAACCGAAGAAGGACCCUCUUAUGAUGAAGAAAUCCAAGAACGAUCCCCAUGCACCUGCACUCACCAGAAUUCCUCUUCCUGAACUGAAAGACCAGGACAAAAUGGAGAAGAUUAUGGCCUACAGAGAGGCUCUAAAGAGAGUGAAGGUUGGCAGGGACAAUUUGCCAACAAUAUGCUUCUACACGCUUCUCAACUCAUACCAAGGGGUAACAACUGUUGACAUGUCAGAAGACUCCAGCUUAAUGUGUGCAGGCUUUGCAGACUCUACCAUUCGUGUGUUCACUACAUCCAGCCAGAAACUGAGAAGCAUGAAGACCAUUGCUGAACUGGACAGUAUAGAUAAGGAUGCAGAUGAUGUUCUAGAGAGGAUGAUGGAUGACAGAUCGUCCACAGACUGUAAGCUCCUAACGGGUCACAGCGGCCCAGUGUAUGCUGCUAGAUUCAGUAAAGACAGGAAGUACCUCGUUUCCUGUUCAGAGGAUGGCACAGUGAGGCUAUGGAGCUUGUUGACGUGGACAAACUUGGUCUGUUACAAAGGACACAACCAUCCAGUGUGGGAUGUGGAAUUUAGUCCAUAUGGUCACUACUUCGUGUCAGUUGGUCAUGACAGGACGGCCAGACUGUGGGCCACAGACCAUCAUGUACCUAUCAGGAUAUUUUCUGGACAUCUGUCAGACAUGGAUUGUGUGAAGUUUCAUCCCAAUUCUAACUAUAUAGCUACAGGAUCGAACGACCGUGUUGUAAGGCUGUGGGACAUCUUAAAUGGGAACUGUGUCAGGGUCUUCACAGGUCAUAAGGGAUCAGUACAUGCUCUUUGUUUUUCUCCAGAUGGAAGGUUUUUAGCUUCUUCAGGUGUAGACAGUAUUGUACUGCUGUGGGACAUUGCCACGGGGGGACUUCUGGCUCAGAUGAAGGGCCACACAGAGACUGUAUACAGUUUGUGUUUCAGCAGAGAUGGAGCUGUGCUAGCCUCAGGUGGUUUGGAUAACAGUGUUAAACUGUGGGAUGUCAUCAAAGUAUUGCAAGAAGUGGAUACUGAAGCAGACACCAGCAUACCAAGUUCUGUACAUGUAAAUGACAGCCCAGGACUUCUGAUUGGUUCCUGGGCAACCAAGGCCACCCCUGUACUCUGUGUUCACUUCACUCGCAAGAACCUCAUGAUAGCCAGUGGCCCAGCAGCAAUUAUGGAGGAUAGGUCUCCUCACAAAACUUGAAAUCCUUCCAAAAAUGAGGACAAUGUUUGAUUAUUUUAACAUCAAAAGAACAUCUCAAAUGAUGUAAAAUGGAUUCGGACGUCUGGAAUCAAGUCUUUGUGCAUCAUCAGCAAUUUGCUUGAAAUAUUUCUAGCUGUUGCAGUGUUGGGACAAGUAUGGAUGUCUUGCAGAGAAACGGAAGUAUUGUGCUGCAAUUAUACAAAACUUCUGAAUGAAUUUAUAUGGAACUUUACAGCAACAUCAUUCCAUGUACAUGUACUGUGUUGCAGCAUAGACACAGUGAAAAACAUUGAUAUAGUGUUAGAAUUAUUAUGUCAGUUACAUGCAUAUAUGCAGUUUCUCAGAUGUUACUGGCAAAUGAAAUGUCUUUGUUUUUGAAAAUAAAUAUGCGGAGAAAACUC